AGCGAUAGCAGCCGGGCUCCACGGCUACAACGCCACCCUUGUGGGAAUCCUCAUGGCUGUCUUCUCAGACAAGGGCGACUAUUUCUGGUGGCUGAUAUUCCCUAUAUCUGUAAUGUCUAUGACUUGCCCACUCUUCUCAAGUGCACUGAACUCCGUGUUCAGCAAAUGGGACCUCCCUGUCUUCACGCUCCCUUUCAACAUGGCGCUGUCGAUGUACCUUUCUGCCACGGGACAUUACAAUGCAUUCUUUCCGAGCAAGCUCUUCACACCUGUCACCUCCGUGCCCAAUAUCACAUGGACUGAGCUGAAUGCCCUUGAGUUAUUGAAGUCCCUUCCAGUGGGAGUCGGUCAGAUAUACGGCUGCGAUAACCCAUGGACGGGGGGCAUUUUCCUCUGUGCUAUUCUCCUUUCCUCCCCGCUCAUGUGCCUGCAUGCUGCUAUUGGAUCACUGCUGGGUGUCAUCGCAGGACUCAGUCUUGCAGCUCCGUUUGAAGACAUCUAUGCUGGGCUCUGGGGUCUCAACAGUUCUCUGGCCUGCAUUGCCAUUGGAGGCAUGUUCAUGGCUCUCACCUGGCAGACCCACCUCCUGGCUCUCGCCUGUGGUGAGUAGUCAACAUAUGG